CAUCAAAAGGGUGCCACGGAACCGCGUCCAUCACUGGGGUGAGCUGCCCGACGGCACCAGCGCAUCCCUGGAGAUUGUCCUGCUGGCAAAGGUGUCCAAUGGCUUCCCUGGUGUGGUCCAGCUGCUGGAGUGGGUUGAGCUCCCCAACGACAUUGUGAUGGUGCUGGAGCGCCUGGAGCACUCUCAGGACCUGCAGCAUUUCAUUCGGGCACGGGGGUUCCUGUCCGAGGAGGUGGCGCGGCAGCUGUUCCACCAGGUGCUGGAGGCCGUCUGGCACGGCACCAGCUGCAGGGUCCUGCACAGAGACAUCAAACCAGGGAACAUCCUGGUUGACCUGGCCACCGGGCAAGCCAAAUUGAUUGAUUUUGGCUGUGGCACCUACCUGCAAGAGACAGCCUACAUUCAUUUUGCAGGAACACUAUCAUACAGCCCCCCAGAAUGGACCCGCUUUGGCUGGUACCAUGGCGAGCCAGCUACCAUCUGGUCCCUGGGCAUCGUGCUGCACCAGAUGGUCUGUGGGGAGCACCCUUUCAAGAGGGACCAGAACAUCAGCUGGGACCAUCAGCUCUCGCUGCCACAACGGCUCUCUCCAGAGUGCCAAGAUCUGAUCAGGCGGUGUUUAUCCAUGCUGGACUUGGAAAGGCCCUCAUUAGAAGAGGUGUUCUGUCAUCCUUGGAUGCAGGAUAUACAUCUGCCCUAGAAGAAGAGAGAGAGCCACAGGCACACUGUGCUGCAGGGCCCUGCUGGGGCCCUGGGCAGAGCUCUGACAGCCUGGUCUGAGCCCAGGGAAGGAGAAGGAGCCUCCAGAGAAGCUGUACCGGGUGGGGCUGCUGCUGCUGGGGACAGUACGGAUGACAUCAGGGAUGACAGCCUCUUCCUGGACCUGGCCACUGAGGAAGCGUUCCAGAUGGGGUCCAGUCUGGAUUGGGAAAUGUUGGGACCAGCUGUGGCGUGGAUGGGCCGUGCCCUUAGAGAAGGCUGAGGACAUCGUUUGGGACCAGCUUUUCUUCCAGCUGUGGAUGGCGUGAGCCGGGCUCUGCGGAUGCUGAAGCUGCUCUGGGCUCUGGCAGGGCUCUGCUGGAGCUCAGCACCGGGCCGGAAUCAACCAAAGAAGAAAUGGUGUCACCUGCAGCACCGACUUGCUUGAGCAUUUCAGCAACACAGCUCAAGUUUGCAGAGUGUACACCUUCAAGGGAAAACAUGACACGUGCCAAAAAUUAAAAUUGUUCAAUACCUUCUGAAAUCAAA